AUGACUGAAGAAAAGCGAAAAAUUUUCAUUGGAAAACCCGGAGCAACUUUCCGCCUUGUUCCAAAGAAUGGAACUGGGUCCUCUUCUAAAUCUUCACCAUCUUCAACAACUCCCCGGAAAAUUGUUGUGAGACAGACAAAUGUGACUGAAAACUCGAAAAAUUGUUCUCAAGAUGCUUCUAAAAACAGCUCAUCAUCAACAACUCCACGAAAAAUUUAUGCGAGAAAGUCAAAUGAAGCAUGUUCUCAAGAUGCUUCUAAAAACAGCUCAUCAUCAACAACUCCACGAAAAAUUUAUGCGAGAAAGUCAAAUGAAGCAAAAACCUCUGGAUUGCAAGAACUUACUGAAGAAAUACCGAGUUCAUCGCCACCAGCCGAAUCUCAGCCAGAUGCAAAUUCACCAAUAACGUCUACACCAACUGAUCUGCCGCUGAACUCAUCAUCGAACUUUAUUUCUGUGAUCGAGAAAAUGGCUGAAAUUGCUUCAAGAAAUACGAAGUGUAUUGGGAAAGGUUUGGUAAGUCUGUUGAAGAAAAAUAAACUGCAAAAUCAAACAAUACGUAUUUCAUUUUCAGGAUACUCAUGAUGUUGUUGUGAUUGGAGAAGAAGACGAAGAAGGAGAACAAGUUGAACCAGAUGAACAUAAUCAAGAUGUGAACAAAAUUUACUCAGAGAGUGAAUUGGAAAGUGAUUUCAGCAGUGAAGAUGAUACGCAAAAACCGAAAAAGAAAAAAAUUGAAGUCAAAAAAACGCAAAAGGAAACAACGGCUGGUGCAAAAAGAGGAAGAAAAAAGAAAGCAAGCCUCAAUUCGAAUUAUUCAGAAGUAAUUUUUUUUAUAAAAUGAAUUUAAAAAAAAUCUUUGAAAAGAUUUACCUGUAACAUUGAUGCGUAGUCCUGAAAAUACGGAUUCCCGAACACUUGUCAAGAAUGAAAAUUUAAAAAAUUUCCAGCACACAUCCAAUUUCUAUGAAAUUUAAACAUUUUCAAAUAUUAAAAAAAUUGAUUUUACAGUAUACAAGAGAAGACAUCAUAUUUUUCUUGGAAUUCGUGCGGCUGAAUGAAGAAGUUUGGUAUGGUGGAUCCGAUGAUUAUCACAGAGAAGAUUUGAAAGAAGUCGUUUGGGAUGAAAUUGAACGAAGCUGUUCAUUUCUGAAAGUUUCCAGAGGAGGAAAAGGUAUUUUAGCUCAAUAUCAAAAUAUAUGAAUAAAGUCGUAAUUUAGGGGAAAAUGCCAAAACUCUCUGGAAAUCACUGAUUGUCGAUUAUAUGAAGGAAAAGAAAAAAAUUCCAUCUAGUGGUUCUCGAGCUGGAAUUCCAAAAACCUUUCCUUAUUACCAUGAGCUUGAAUUUUUUGAUGUUGACAUUGGAAAACGGAACGAUGUUGAAAAGUAAUGUUUUCUUUGUAAAGUCAAUAAUUCUCAAAAAAAAAAACAAUUUUUUAAUUACAGUGUUUAUCAAGUUGGAGCUGGAGCUGCUAUUGUUCAAGAGGAAAAGGCAUCGGAGCCAAAGAAAAUUCGCUCCAAAAAAGAGAAAAAGGAUAGAAAACGACAAGCCUCUGAUCCUUUUGGUAUGAUAAAUACAAUAAAUACGAAAAAUUUAAAUUAUUUUUCAGAUUUAGGCCCAUUGGAUGCAUUUACGAAAAUGGCAAACGAUUUAUUUUCGAAAAAAAUCGAUGAGAUCAUUUCGGAUCAACCAGAAUCGCCGCCACAACGAAGACAGGAAAUCAAUGAGGCCUAUGAUAUGCUGGAUAAGUUAUCAGGAGAAUUGUCUUCACCUGUUUUACAACAAAUGAAAGUGGAAUUGAUGCAGGUUAUGUAUAAAUUUGAUCGAUCGGCUCAAAAUAUCAAUCAUUAUCCUGUCAAUCAUUAUCCUGUACCAAUGCCUCCCCCACUUCAUUAUUGGACAAACAACAACAUACCAUUUAAUCAAGACCCCCAUUUUUAUCAAGUUCCACAAGUUGUUCCUGGUAAUACAAUUGGUGCUCCAUCGACUUCAACCGAUCUUCAUACAGAAAAUAUAUAUCAAAACAAUCUUUAUACAAAUCUUUGA